AUGACUAAAGUUGCAUCAGUAAUCCACUGGUUUCGAUUAGAUUUACGAUUGCACGACAAUCUUGCUUUACGAAAUGCAAUUAACGAAGCAGAAAAUCGCAAACAGAUAUUGAGACCUAUUUAUGUGAUCGAUCCUGAUAUUAAAAAUAGAGUUGGAUGUAAUAGACUCAGAUUCUUAUUUCAAAGUCUUAAAAACUUAGAUACAAGUCUUCGUAAAAUUAACACUCGUCUAUAUGUUAUAAAAGGCAAAGCUGUUGAAUGUCUACCAAAGUUAUUUGACGAGUGGCACGUAAAAUUUUUAACUCUGCAAGUUGAUAUUGACGCAGAUUUAGUGAAACAGGAUGAGGUUAUUGAAGAAUUCUGUGAAGCAAACAACAUUUUCGUGGUUAAAAGAAUGCAACAUACCGUAUAUGAUUUUAAUAGUGUGGUGAAGAAAAACAAUGGCAGCAUUCCACUCACAUAUCAGAAGUUUCUUUCAUUAGUAUCUGAUGUACAAGUUAAAGACAUCAUACAGAUUUCGAAGAGUGUGUCUGAUGAAUGCAAAGGCAAUGAUUAUGAUUCCCAAGAUUAUGAUGUCCCUUCAUUAGAAGAAUUUGGGAUAAAUGAAUCCGAGCUCUCUGAAUGUAAAUAUCCUGGUGGAGAAUCUGAGGGUUUGAAAAGAUUGGAUGUUUACAUGGCAAAAAAACAAUGGGUCUGUAAGUUUGAGAAACCUAAAUCCUCACCGAACAGUAUUGAACCAAGUACUACAGUAUUGAGCCCAUAUAUCAGCCAUGGCUGCUUGUCGGCUAAGUUGUUUUAUCAUAAGCUAAAGCAAGUUGAGAGUGGAAGCAAACACACUCUGCCGCCUGUUUCACUGAUGGGACAGCUCAUGUGGAGAGAAUUUUAUUACACAGCUGGUUCGGGUACCAAAAACUUUGAUAAAAUGGAAGGAAAUUCUGUCUGUACACAAAUACCUUGGAAGAAAAACGAUGCUCACUUAAAGGCAUGGGCAGAAGGUAAAACUGGGUAUCCCUUUGUAGAUGCUAUAAUGCGCCAGUUAAAACAAGAGGGUUGGAUUCAUCAUUUGGCAAGACAUAUGGUUGCUUGCUUUCUAACAAGAGGCGACUUAUGGAUAUCUUGGGAAGAAGGAGCAAAAGUCUUUGAAGAUUACCUUCUGGACUAUGAUUGGUCUUUGAAUGCUGGAAACUGGAUGUGGCUAUCUGCUUCUGCCUUUUUCUAUAAAUACUACAGAGUAUACAGCCCAAUAGCUUUCGGUAAGAAAACAGAUAAAGAUGGGCUGUAUAUAAGAAAAUAUGUUCCCGAGUUGAAAAAAUAUCCUAGCGAGUUUAUCUAUGAACCAUGGAAGGCUCCAAAGGGUGUUCAGAAAACAGCUGGCUGUGUUAUUGGCGAGGGAUAUCCGAACAGAAUUGUUGAUCAUGAUAAGGUCCACAAAGAGAAUAUUCAGAAAAUGAAUGCUGCUUAUAAAAUUAAUAAAGAGAAAAAGGCAAUGAAGAGACCAAGACAAUAA